AUGCGCGCUCACGUGCGUGGCCGCGCCCCGUUGAAACCGGCUUGGGCCUCGACGUCGACGAACCUCCGUCUGCUGGUUUUGGUCUCCUUUACCUUGCUUCCUACCACCUCUCCUGAUCCUUGUUUAUUUUAUGCCAGUUGUGGCCCGCCCAUCAUCUCACCUUCCAACGAACCCUUCAUGCCCACACCGGCUUUCAUCAUCGAGCAUCCCGAACGCUUCCCUCAAUCAGGAUCUACGCAACUGUCGAAUACCGAACGCAAAUAUGCAUAUCAUUAUGCUUUUGACGACACCCGGCUAGCAGAGAGGCAUCUCGCAUACGGUAAUCUCGGGAAAGAUCUUCUCUGCCCACCGUCUCCUAAGCCCAAUGAAGCCCCUAAUUUUGCAACCGACUUCCCUGAACGGUUCCGUGCCGUCAUGCAAGGCGUGCCCAACAUCAAGGCCGCCGGAUGUGGUUGGACUCGCGUCAGAAAUAUCGCGCGUCUGAAGUGUACGCAAGGGCUAUGGACCGGGUUCGCCGCACGCGUCGACACAGUGGAAGAAGAGGACUCGGACUUCGAAUGGUUUCUGCCAGAAACCGAGGAGGAAUAUGCUGCCUGGGAGGAGCGGAGAAAUGAACAGAAGAAGGGCAAAGCAGAGAAAGUGGCGACGGAUUUGGAACGACAUAUCUCGACCCAGCGCGACCUUUCGCUUCGCGACCCCAAGAAGCUGAAGGAGGCCCACUCGAAGGUUACUCAGUGGCAAGCGAGUCUAGCGCCUACGCCUGAGGGAGAUGCUAUUGUUCCUGCCAGCAAUCCCGUUCAGUCUAAGCUCUCCGGUUCCCAACCCUUGACUGUUUCUUCUUCCCAACAAUCAAAGCUUUCCUUUACCGUGAAGAAAGGCGGAAUGUCGGCGGUGGCAAAGGGGAAGCAGAAGGCUUCAACGCCCAUGGUCUCUCCGGCAGGUUCGGUGGAGCCGAUCAACCUCCCUGGGCUUAAGCAGCUGCCUCCCGCUCUUCCGAGCGGCUCUCAGGAGCAGGGAGGCCCCCGAGAACCGCAAGUCUCGGCAGCUGCUCUUCCAGUUCCUGAAGUGUCGUCUGCUUCACCGACGAAGGAUGCCACGGAUGCACCUCGUAUCAGCCAGCUAUCCGAUCCCUUCCAACAACCCUCAUUUGAUGACGUAGUCACAUCUACGCAACCAGGCCCGUCCAGGGUUCACUCGUUGCAAAAGAUUCCACCAAUCCUACGAGAGGCCACGCCUGUCAGGUUGACGUCUCCCCCGCCCUUUCCAGGGACCCAGCAGGACGAGAUCGUACCAAGCUCGUCACCUCCGCCGUCACCUCCACCCGUCUCAAGAAAACGGUCGCGCGAAGCUUCCCAACCGCGGCGACGGGAUAGCGACGAAGAGUUGUACGCACCAAGCAGUCCGACGAAGAGGCCUCGCGUUGUCGAACCGGCACCAGUGCCGGUGGCACAGGCUUCCAGCCUUCCGCGCAUGUCAACGCCGCCGUUAUCCGAAGCACGCACCGAUUCAUCUUCCGUCCCCGGUCUGGGUAACGCGGCUGCUGUCUUUCCCAUUACGCCCUCACGCACCGGUCGCAUACCUCCCAGUGGAGAAAGGGUUUUAGCCUCGUCUCAACGGUCACGUUCAAGACCUCGACCGCCGUCGCGCAGCGCUAGCAGAGCCGCCAGUAGGGCACCAUCUCAGCAUGAGACAGGCCGCGCACAGACGCCCGAACCCGCACCAAUGCCCAAACCUUUCUUCUCCUCCCAGGCGUCGGACUCAUCUGAGAGCGGCGACGAGGGUAUGCCACCCCCCGGAUUAUCGCCCAUUGCCGACUAUACGGCACAUCCCAGCGCUUUUGCGCCGCAGUUUACGUCGACGCAGAAGGGCGGGACGGGUUAUGGUGGGCUGGCAUACAGUUCGCAGUACGAUGUCGAACACGACGUAGGAAACAUCUCGCAUCGCCUAGAUCAGGACGUGGACUUUGAACAGUGGCUGCACAACUCGCCUGUACCGGACGAGUGA